AACCUUUGACCUUCGGCAUUUUGUUGCUAGAAAACAAGUUCGGUGUUGCAUUCCUUUCUCAGCCAGAUUGCUCACUCCCAAGUCACUAAAAUAGCACGAAAAAGAACGCCCAACAUUAGCACCGGACCCGGAAGGCUGUAAAUAUGAGUUACGAAGAGAGCCCGGAACCGAUUGACUUUGAUUUCUUCGCCGAAGACGACGAAGAUGCUCGUUCUACUGGGAGGAAUUCUUCUCGCCACACGACUACGUUGACGACGGGAGCAACAGCGGCGCACAGCAAGAGCAGUCGACCGGUGAGUGCGAGUAGUCGACCGGUGAGUGCAAGCAGUGCACGCUCGCUCAGCAGUCGCAGUAGCAUCAGUGUGAAAAUCCCCUCAGCUGGACCACCAACAGGAGUAAGAGAAAAUGCGUACACUUUCAAGUCAAGGUAUUCAGACUCGAGUGAUGAAGAUAAUUAUGCUGUCAACAAAGGAAGCAGAUUUGGUUAUCAGAACAAAGAUGAACCCAACAAAGAUGCUGCUGUGAAUAGGUCCAGAGAUGAAGAUGGAUCAGGCGGGGAAGGAGAUACAUGGAAAAAAGCUUCAUCAAGCAGACCGAAGACGUCAAAAGGGCAUCGUAGUGGUACUGGUAGGGCAAACAGGCAACGAGACAGAUCAAGUUCAAGCGACUCAAAGUCAUCAAAAUCAUCACGGCAUAGUUCCAGUACCUUGUCGUCAAAAAGUGAACACACCGAUUCAUACACCAGCGUUAGUGAUUCAGAUAGUGACGUGACAGAUGUGUCUCCACUCCCCAGCCCAGCCCGGUCACCCACGCCAAGGCUUGAAUAUGACCAAGAUGAUUUCGAGGACAGUUUUGAAGAGAACCGUUUCCGUCAAGCGAAGGAGCAGUCAUCAUCAACCAAUGACAGACAAAAUAAGAAGAGAAAUCGGAAGAAGGAGUCUGUUCGUUUCGCAGCUGUUGCACCUAACAAUGGGUCCACGUCCCAACGGGAUAAGGAACUGGAUGCGACGGAAGCCCGGGAGCUUAGCCGACUCCUUCGAGCUGUACUUCAACUGGAAGAGACCCCAAACCAUUCACAGAUGAAUUCUUACCAUCGGUCACCAACAAAGCAGAGACCAUCAUCUGCCAAGAGAGCCCCAACUUCAACGAGCACUGCAGCCAUGCCCCAUCAGAGAGUCAACUUGUCCUUCAGCAAUGACAAAGUGCGGCAGAUUGAUCGGGAGAAUCAGCGACUGCUUCAAAAGAUUCUUCGAAGACCGAAAUCUGCUGUUGCUGCGCCCAGGUUGGCACCACCCGCAAGGAAGCAAGGUGAUCAAUCGAGGAUGACCAGCCAUUCAGCAAUACGCCGGCAGCGGGAACAGAGGAAGAUUGAGACAGAAAACAGGAAAAUUCUUGAGCGAAUUGAAUCUGCCCACGCCAGCUCUGCCAUGCAGCGUACAUCACUAUUACAUGAUCAUGACAGACACAUGAAGUAUGCUUCACAGGUAUCCAAAGCAUCAAUGCGCCCAACCAGCUCAGGAAAUACUGGCCACAACUACUCAGGCAGUCUGAGCAAGGGCUCCAGUCUGGCCAGCCUGAACAGCGAGGCAAGCCGCACCUCCACUGCAUCCACCGGAUCAAGAAGGAUGAGACCAAGCAGUGGGCGGAGCAUGCCCCCACCUCCACAAGGUCCAAGACAGGCCUGGGAAGACCGAUGGUAGAUCAUGGUAGGAUGUACGUUGAUUUAUUGAAAGGCACAUCUGAGGCAGCAGGUGCUUUUAUCAGUAGCUUUACUAGCAGGCCUAGAAUUCCUUCUUUGAGAGUGUGAGGCCAUUUACAUGUAGCAAAGGGCAACUCCUUUGGAAAUUCUUAAAGGCACUGGACACUGUUGGUAAUUACUCAAAAGAAAUUGUUAGCAUAAACAC